AUGCAGGCCGGUCAGAACACCUACGGGCUGAUCUUCGCCUGCACAUGCGGCGUGAUCCUGGGCAUCGGCUUCUGCGCCAACCUGCUGGUCUUCUCGCUCUUCGCCAAGCGCGGCACCUUGCGCAAGAACCGCCUGGACGUGCUGCUGCUCAGCAUGGCGCUGGCUGACUUCCUCACCCUCCUCCUCAUCCCCUUCACCCUGCACUCGGCCGUCAGCUUCACCUGGCCGCUGGGGGACACCUCCUGUAAGGUGUACCAGUUCCUCCUGGCAUUUUCAUUGGCUGCCAGCACCUACUCCCUCUGCGCCGUCUCGGUCGCCCGGGCCAUGAUCGUCACCAACCCCUACCGCCCGCCUACCAUGGACCUGGUGGUCCUCAUGUUCGUCCUUGCAUGGGCCGCCAGCUUCUUCAUCAGCCUGCCCCUCCGCAUCUUCGCCACUAAGGAGAGGGGCCCCACCACCGACUUCACCUUCUGCCUGCCCACCAUCCACGAGCACCACUACCAGGUAGUCCUGAGCCAGUUCGUGCUCUACUACCUGGUCCCAAUGCUGGUCAUCGCCUUCAACUACGUCCGCCUCGCCCUCUUCCUCCACAGGAGCCCCGUCAUGUCAGCGGCCAGCGCCCGCAACACCCGCCGCGCCUCCAUCAUGGUCUUCCUGGCGGCCGCCACCUUCUCCGUCUGUUGGUUGCCGGGAUACGUGCUGGAGCUGUGCGUCUACUUGGGACUCUACCGGCACGGCCAGGCCUGGGACAUGUUCUACUUCACCUGCACGGUGCUGCAAUACCUGCACCCCUGUGUGAACCCUGUGCUCUACGUGCUGCUGUCCAAGAGGUACCGCCGCGGGAGGGCGGGCUGGCUGCUGAGAUGCAACAGGGCCAGGGUGCACCCCCAGAUCGUCAGCGUGACCGAGAGCUUUUAG